AUGAGCGUUGCUCCGCAGCACGACUGGCACUCGUCGCAGAGGCCUCGCAUUCGACAAGCCGGGAACGGCUCUACCCGCAACUUUCUCGCUAACACGCGCGCACCGCCGAGCCUGGGGCGGGCGCGCUGCGGCCGCACGUCUAACUUCGUCAUAGUGCCACGACGGCUAGCCGUAGGCAGCUAG